AUGUCGGCAUCGAUCCUCGCAGAGCAGGAGGACCAUCUUCUCAUCGCCAUCGCCCUCGUCGCAGCACCGGCCCUCUCCAUGAGCAUCGGCUCGGUCUGCGUUCGUUUCGGCAUCCCCUCCGAUUUGGUCCAAGCGCGGUUUCAGAACGUAUCGGCCGGGCUCCUGAUCGGGGCUUUGCUUGCGGAGAUCUACCCAAUGCUUCACCAGCGACUCUUCGUCGCAGGAGGUAGAACGAAGGUGGAGGUGUGGAACUGCACCUCGGCCUUCUUGGGCUUCUUCUUGGCCCUAGGUGUGAUGUAUGGCCUCCGUGCUCUCGAGCAGUUUCACAGCCCAAGCGAGGAGGUGUUGAAGGAGGCAGCAAGGAAGGACCCCGAUUUGGAGGGCGUAGCGUCUCCGGCCUCUGCUUCCUCGCCCCGACACGUGGCACUGCAGCGCAUGGCCACGGCACAGCUCGGCAAGCUGAGCACCGGAAGUUCCACAUUAGAUGUUGCGAUGAAUGCACUCAGCAAGAUUCAGAAGGGUAGCGAUGACAUCAACGUGGAGCAGCUGGACGAGCAGCUGCACUUCAUCGACUUUGCAUUGGACUCCAUGCACAGAACCUGUCAUGGUGUCGAGAUUCUCACCGGUGUGGCUACGCAGGAUGCUCGGGCAAGGCUUUCCGAGCUUUUGCAGGAUGUCGAGGCACUGCAAUCCAUCAACCCGCAGAAGGUCAGCGCACUGGAUCUGCAGAUUCAGCGAACAAGCGCCAGCCUGAAGCGAUUGCAUGCACAAACCAACCCGGGUGCAUUCCGCCGAUGGGGCCCCCGUCGGAUGACCUCCAGCUCAAACCAGACUUUGGAUCUCCCGGAUCACCGCAGCAGUUUGCCUUGGGGCCUCAUCUUUGCUGUCGCUAUCGAUGCAACCGUAGAUGGCAUGUUGAUUGGCCUAUCGACUUCAAGCUCUGUCGGAGCCGGGAUGCUGAUGGCCAUCGCGACGGUCAUCGAGAUGGGCUUUUUGGGCUAUAGCUUCGGUUGCACUCUCGUUAGCCAAGCGCAGGAAGCGAAACUCUGCAGGUCUGCUCUGGUGGCAUUGCUUGCGCUGCCUCCGCUUUGCCUGCUUUGCUUCGGUGCGGGGGCCUACAUGAUCGGCCAGGCCUUAGAAAGCUGCUUCGUCUUCACCGGCCUUGUGAGCUUCUCUCUGGUUGCGGUGCUCUUCCUGGUGAUCCAGGAGCUCCUCCUGGAGGCCGCAGAAAAGGACGAGGAUCACAACUGGAAUGUAAGCAUCUUCAUCUAUUUCGGGCUCUUCAUCAGCUUCGCAUUGGAGGUUGUGCUUUGA